AAUUGUUUGCAUCUCUAUCUCUCCAUCUCUCCUUCUUCGAUCUCUCUUCUCGAAGUUCGUCGGAGAAGCAUCGUCAGCACCUUCAAUGGCGGAUCAGCUCACCGAUGAUCAGAUCUCUGAGUUCAAGGAGGCCUUUAGCUUGUUCGACAAGGAUGGAGACGGUUGCAUCACAACGAAGGAGCUGGGAACUGUGAUGCGUUCACUGGGGCAAAACCCGACAGAGGCAGAGCUGCAGGACAUGAUAAAUGAGGUGGAUGUUGACGGUAAUGGGACAAUUGACUUCCCAGAGUUCCUCAACCUUAUGGCCCGCAAGAUGAAGGACACUGACUCUGAGGAGGAGCUCAGGGAGGCUUUCCGUGUUUUUGACAAGGACCAGAAUGGUUUCAUCUCAGCUGCUGAACUCCGCCAUGUCAUGACCAACCUCGGUGAGAAGCUGACUGAUGAGGAAGUUGAUGAGAUGAUACGGGAGGCUGAUGUUGAUGGUGAUGGCCAGAUCAACUAUGAAGAGUUUGUCAAAGUCAUGAUGGCCAAAGUGGUAGGUAUCAGCUACCACUGUGUGGUAUUUGUCUUGUUGCUUCUUUCUUUCAUCUCUUGGUCUUUAAAUCUUGAACACUUGAUACCGAGAGCUGCUGGACAUCUCCUGAAGAUGAAGGUGCUGUGUCUUCAUGGCUUCCGAACCAGUGGAAGCUUUCUCCAGAAACAGAUCAGCAAGUGGGAUCCCUCUAUCUUCCAAGAUUUCUCUAUGGUUUUCCCAGAUGGCAAGUACCCUGCUGCUGGGAAGUCGGACAUAGAGGGCAUCUUUCCACCACCAUAUUUUGAGUGGUUCCAGUUCGCCAAGGAAUUCACUGAGUACACCAAUUUGGAGGAGUGUAUUUCCUUCUUGUGUGAUUACAUCACUGAACAUGGCCCCUUUGACGGACUCCUUGGCUUCUCUCAGGGUUCAACACUAUCAGCCUUAAUGCUCGGAUACCAAGCUCAGGGAAAGAUAUUACAGAACCAUCCACCCUUCAAGUUUUUUAUUUCAAUCUCAGGGAGCAAGUUCAGAGAUCCAAGCAUCUGUGAAAUUGCUUACAAAGAACCCAUCAAAGUGAAAUCUGUCCACUUUAUAGGAGCCAAGGACUGGCUUAAAGUUCCUUCAGAGGACUUUGCCAGUGCCUUUCACAAUCCACUGAUCAUCAGGCAUCCUCAAGGGCACACUGUCCCUAGACUUGAUGAAAACACAACUGAGCUACUCAAAGAAUGGACCAAGACGGUUCUUCUUGAUGGAAAGAGUUUGGCUGAAGAUAAUGAUCCAAAGACUUUGUCUGAAGAUAAUGAUUCAAAGACGUCAAAUGAUACCUCUGGUGAAAGCCAGAGUGUUGUUGUUGAAGCUUGAGAUAGCAAUGAUGAAAAAAAUUUGAGUCUUGAAUAAUCAACCCUCUUGCCAGAGGUGGUUAUGAAUAACUUCUCAGAUUAGCGUUCUACACUCUGUAUCUGUGGUUUUUCUCUGUUUUAUAUUAUUAUGAGUUUUUGUGGAUGAAUUUUAUUUAUCUACUUUAUUUUAGAAUAAGCCUCAAGUAAUGAAUCCAGGUUAUCUUUAUUUUUCAA